AUGGAUGUGGAACGCGCACGGACAUCUUCUGAUUCUGAUGAUUCCAAUUUACUCCAAAACAUCAACACAUACGAAUGUGCUCCAGCUUCUACCACUGUACGAUCGCCGAUAGAACUGACCAUCCCCCGUGCUAUUCUACGAAAGGAUUCAGUGCAUGGGAGUUACAUUCUUUACACUAUACAUAUUAGAAUAAGUCAGGUGGAAAAAGUGGACGCAACGGGCUCUUUAUCGUCCAUACAGAAUACUAUUCAUGAAUGGACGAUCGAGCACCGGUACAGCACGCUAGCUAAACUACACGCUGAUCUCAUGGGAUGGACGAAACCCACUAGUGACAGCGAUUCUCCGGUGAAUGAACUGUACGCACAUUGGUGUCUCCCUCGCCCCCUCCCUGGCCUGCAGCGUGUGCAGUUUCCUCGCAAGCGGCGAAUACCUACAUUGCUUCCUCCUCCUUCGUACCGCUGGUGGGGUUGCACGAUGAAACCCACUGUUGAAGACACUGCUUUACCGGCCGGUAAAUCAGGGAGAGUCGACCAACGUAGACGUGAUUUGGAGAUGUAUCUAGCCAAUUUGGUCGAUCUUGUUUGGAAAAUUAGUAGUACGGACACUGUUGCGAAUGUGUACAGCUCCAUGACCGCAACAGCCGACGCAGCGAACCAAAGUAAUUAUCAUGGCUUUGCUGCCAACCACCAGAUUGAAGCAAUCAAAGAACGGUUUACCAAUCUGUUGCCGAUUUUAAAGCCCCAGCUAUGA